ACUAAGAGAGCAUAUAAAACAUCCAUCCAUAACUCAAAAUUCCCAAGCUUAAAAAGAAAAGAUGAACAUGAACCCAAUAAUAAUCACUCCUCUCCUAACACUAGCUUGCCUUGUCACCGCCGGCAAAACAAAGUGGCUGAAAACCUUAUUCCGGCGAAAUAAAGCAACCACGAAGCUCCAUUUCUACGUCCACGACCUCCGCGCAGGCCCAAAUGCGACCUUGUUCACAGCUGCAACCGCCUCCAUCACGGCCACCUCCCCCACGGCCUUCGGCCGGAUCAACGUUUUCGACGACAAGGUCACGGUGGGGCCGGACAUCGGGUCCGAGGAGAUGGGAAGAGCUCAAGGAACCACCACAUCUAUGGACCUAAAUGUCUUGGCAUCCUCCAUGAAUCUUAACUUCUUCUUGACCUCGGGAGAAUUCAAGGGGAGCACCGUCGUCGUUGUCGGCCGGAACCAGUUUGCUGACGCGGAGAGGGAGCUGGCGGUGGUCGGAGGCACCGGGGCCUUUCGGAAUGCUCGUGGCUAUGCGAUUACGAGUACCUAUUCAAGUGAUCUGGUGGAGAACUCAAGUGUGAUCGAGUAUACGAUUUAUGUCUCGAGUGAUUAGAAUAUGGUUGUUCGGUUCGCAAGAUUGUAUCUAGAAAUUAAAUAUGUUGUGUGUUUGAUUCAUGAGAUUGAUACGGAUAAUUAGUUAUAGGCAACCUCCUCCCACUAAAAUAGUCUCACAAUUCAAUUUUAGAUUAUAUAUUGGUACUAUUUUAUUUAGGAAACUGAACGCCACUUUAUUAAUUAGUGAAUGUGUGAGUGUGAUAUGUAUAGUGUGUUGUAUGAUA